CAGUCACUUUUCAAGAUGGCAGCGCCCAUACGGUUUGACGGGAAAGUGGUUCUGGUGACAGGUGCAGGAAAUGGUCUCGGGAAACAGUAUGCAUUGGACUUUGCGCAACGCGGUGCUUCAGUUGUCGUGAAUGACCUUGGUGGAAACUUCAAGGGUGAAGGUUCAGGGACCAGAGCUGCUGAUGUUGUUGUCAAUGAAAUCAAGGCUAAGGGUGGAAAGGCUGUCGCUAACUACAAUUCUGUUGAAGAGGGAGAGAAAUUAGUGCAGACAGCUCUUGAAAACUUUGGAAAGAUAGAUGUUAUCGUCAAUAAUGCUGGUAUCCUGCGAGACAGAUCCUUCGCCAGGAUCAGCGACACUGACUGGGACCUUAUCCAGAAAGUUCACUUGAGAGGUGCAUUCCAGGUCAGCAGAGCAGCAUGGCCACACAUGAAGAAACAGAAUUAUGGCAGAAUAAUCAAUGUGACCUCAGCUGCUGGUAUCUAUGGAAACUUUGGACAGGCCAACUACAGUGCUGCUAAACUUGGAGUGGUGGGUCUGAGUAACACCCUAGCUAUAGAAGGAAGAAAGAACAACAUCAAAUGUAACAUCAUCGCACCGAUGGCAGGCUCUCGUAUGACAGAGACUGUCAUGCCCCCAGAAUUGGUGGAUGCUCUUAAACCAGAGUUUGUGUCCCCACUGGUUUUGUUUCUGGCCCAUGAGGAUUGUGAGGACAGUGGUUCCCUCUUUGAAGUUGGAGCUGGAUGGAUAGGAAAAUUACGAUGGGAAAGAACAAAGGGUGUGGUUUGUAGAUCAAAGAACACAUCCAUGUCACCGGAAGCUGUGCGAGACAACUGGGAUGCUAUUGCAGAUUUCACUGGUUCUCAAAUACCCACCUCCACUCAAGAUUCAUCCGCUAUAAUGAUGGAAACACUCAGAAAUGUAGAUAGUGGCCCAGCAAAGCCUUCACGGCGAUCAGCAUCCUCAGGCAGUGGACCAGACAUUGAGGCAGCUAAAGCAUACAAACCCAAACCAAUUAAGUUUACAUACUCGGCUCGGGAUGUAAUGCUGUAUGCUCUCGGAGUUGGCUCCUCUACUCGUGCACCGGAUUACCUUAAGUUUUUGUAUGAGGGAUCAGAAGACUUUGGAGUGCUUCCCAGCUUUGCUGUAAUCCCAGCACAGAUGGGAAUGCAGAAUAUUGUAACUGAGGGCAUCCCUGGCAUGACUAUAAACCCAGCCAAGAUCCUACAUGGUGAGCAGUAUGUUGAGUUGUACAAACCUUUACCUACAAGUGGAACCCUGACCUCACAAGUCAGCAUUGCAGAUGUCCUGGACAAAGGAUCUGGGGCUGUCAUCCUCAUCAACAUUACAACCUUUGAUGAGAAGAAGGAAAAAGUAUGCUUCAACCAGUUUAACAUAUUUGCUGUUGGAUAUGGAAAGUUCGGUGGAAACAGAAACUCCGAGGCUGCUAAGGCUCCUGGCAAAAUGCCGUCUCGUAAACCAGAUUCUUUUAUGGUGGAGACGACCAGUGUGGAUCAGGCAGCCCUGUACCGACUGUGUGGAGACAGGAACCCUCUUCACAUUGAUCCAAGCUUUGCUGCAAUGGGAGGAUUUGACAAACCAAUUCUGCAUGGUCUGUGUAGCUUUGGCCAUGCAACUCGCCACGUGCUAAAAAAAUACGGCAACAAUGAUGUGACUACAGUCAAGGCUAUUAAGGCGAGAUUUGCCAAACCAGUGCUUCCAGGCCAAACAAUUCACACAGACAUGUGGAAGGAGGGUAACAGAGUCAUGUUCCAGUGUAAGGUAGCAGAGUCGGGAGAUAUUUGUCUAUCUGGAGGAUAUAUGGAUUUCCAUGCAGCAUCUGCAGCUUCUGCCUCAGCAGUCCCUCCCCAGGUCUCGGGAUUGAAGAGUGACAUGAUAUUUGAGGAGAUUGGUCGCCGUGCCAAAGAUGAGCCAGGGAUGGUGAAGAAGAUAAACAGUGUGUUCCAGUUCAACAUUACCAAGGAUGGAAAGACAGCAACUGUGUGGACCACUGACAUGAAGACUCCUGGUGGUGCUGUAUACAAGGGCAGUCCUAAACAAGGGAAGGCUGAUUGUACCCUCACCAUCUCCGACGAUAACUUUGGUGAUAUGGUCAGCGGCAAACUCAAUGGACAGGAUGCCUUCAUGAAAGGAUUACUGAAAAUCCAGGGUAACCUGAUGCUGGCUCAGAAACUGGGAGAGUUGUUCCAAUCCAAGGCCAACCUUUAAAGAAAUGAGAUUUAGCUAUAUAAACUACAUAUCAGAUGUGAGAGUUUGCUUGAACAUUACUUAUGUAGUUCUCUUCAUUUAAAAAAAAUCACAAUGCAAUUGAAAUCAGAACAAAAAUAUUGUGGGACAUUUCAGACCCACUACUAAUGUAUUGAACAAAAACAGAUCGAGGACCUUUUGGAAAUAUGCAGAGAACCAGAAACCAAUGAAGAGGAUUAAUGUGAAAUCCAAAUGAUUGACUUAAGCCUCCGAAAGUUAUUCUUACCAAUUUUUUGGGGUAGUAUAAAUAUUAUUUUACCUCGUUGUGGUGCUCCCAAAUGAGAUAUUAAUUAUCUAGGUCAUUAAAGCAUGAAAUACAUUUUUUGUGAUCUAAUUAUCAUUCCAUUUGACACAUUUUUGUUUAGAGUACACUUUGUUUUUUUAUGAGCUAAUUGCAAAACUUUCACUGCUGAACAGGAUGUGAUCACCUGAUAGUGUUGUUAGAAAGGUAUUUUAAAAUGUGGAGGAUAUUGAGUUCAUCAUUGUAAAUGUACCUUAAUGAGAAAGUUUUAAAGUGCUUUUGUCUAAUAACAUGGUGCACAGUUUUAUGAUCGUUAGUAUUUCAAUUUCUGCCUUAAAUAGUAACUAGUCUCACUGUGUAUUUUUUUGUGUUUUUUUUAUUUGUCAUUCCAUGAAUCCGCUGAAUACAUAAAUUAUACUGUUUCAUUUUAUAGUUAAUCAGACAGAGACCAUUUGUAAGUAUUUAUAAUGAAAAAUCUGAAUAUGUGAUUGAGUAGGUUUGAUUUAUCUGUGAUAUUUGCUAUUUGCUUUUCCUUUCUGCAAAAUGAAAGCAGGUUAUGUUUUAUAGUUGUGUGAAAUGAGUAAAUGCUUGAAGAAAAGAGCUAUAAAUAGUGCAUAAGAAAUCAGAAUGAAUUGUGUAAACAUUUGAAAGAACCAGGUGGCAUUUCAUGAAUAAAAAGAAACCUUUGUAAUUCAAAA